AACCCUAAUUUCAUCUCUACCAAAACCUUUUCUUUUUCUCCUCAGUAGCUCCUUACUCGGAGGUUAAAGAGGCGGCACUGUCUCGCUGUCCGCCUUGACCAAGCCGUAGCUUCGUCUAGGCCCUCUAGUGUUUUUGUAGCAUACUCUCUUCCUACUCAAGUCUUCUUUUUUUGAUAUCUACUUCCUACAAAAUCAGUACGAAAUGGCUUCAAAACCAUCCAAAGCUGAUAAGAAGAUUGCUUACGAUGCUAAGCUCUGCCAGUUUCUGGACGAGUACAGCCAGAUUUUGAUUGUAGCUGCAGAUAAUGUUGGGUCGAACCAGCUUCAGAACAUCAGGAAAGGUCUUAGAGGUGACUCUGUGGUUCUCAUGGGAAAGAAUACCAUGAUGAAGAGGUCCAUUAGAGUCCACGCUGACAAGACGGGGAACAAGGCUUUCCUUAACCUCAUUCCUCUCCUUCAGGGUAAUGUUGGAUUGAUUUUCACUAAGGGUGAUCUCAAGGAAGUGAGCGAAGAGGUUGCCAAGUACAAGGUUGGAGCUCCAGCUCGUGUUGGUUUAGUUGCCCCAAUUGAUGUCGUUGUUCCUCCUGGCAAUACUGGGCUCGACCCAUCCCAAACCUCUUUCUUCCAGGUGCUCAAUAUUCCUACUAAGAUUAACAAGGGUACUGUCGAAAUUAUCACCCCUGUGGAGCUUAUCAAGAAGGGUGAGAAGGUCGGCUCUUCUGAGGCUGCUUUGCUGGCCAAGCUUGGCAUAAGGCCAUUCUCUUAUGGUCUUAUUGUUCUGUCUGUUUAUGACAAUGGUUCUGUCUUCAGCCCAGAGGUGCUUGAUUUGACUGAAGAUGAUCUUGUUGAGAAGUUUGCUACUGGUGUCUCCAUGGUCACUGCAUUGGCAUUGGCCAUCUCAUACCCAACUCUGGCAGCUGCACCACAUAUGUUCAUCAAUGCCUACAAGAAUGUUCUAGCUGUUGCAGUUGCAACUGACUACACCUUCCCACAGGCAGAGAAAGUGAAGGAGUACCUGAAGGAUCCUAGCAAGUUUGCUGUUGCUGUUGCUCCAGUUGCAGCUGCUGCUGCUGCUGCCCCAGCUGCUGCUGCCAAGGAAGAGGAGAAGAAGGAAGAACCAGCUGAGGAGUCUGAUGACGACAUGGGUUUCAGCCUGUUCGAUUAAGUUUCAUGUAGCUUGCUUUUCUACUGUAGGAUUAUUUCUAGUAUAAUUUUGUCGAUUGAGAGUUGUUUUGGAUAAUAUUGUUGUUCACCGAGUUUCACAUAUGUCGAUAGGAUGUUUCUAUCUCUUUACAAAUAUGCUUAUGUUUUGAUUGGAUUGAACCCUCCA